AUACAAACAAUGGCCAGGAAAUAAAAUUUGUGUUGGAAAACAAAAUUGGUUUUAAACUUCCUAACACUCAGCUGGAGAAAGAUCUCCAUUCUUCCAAUAAUGGACAUAGCAGUGUGUCAAAUGAGUGAAUGUGAUUGGGCUUAGAGAGAUGACAAUAAGAUAAAGCCUCAUCUAUCAUUCUUAAAACUCUCUUUGUUUUGUUCAGGCUAUUGGUUCAUCUUCGUCAUUUCUCACAUGGCUCAAUGUCAAAGCUUUAAUUACACCAUAAAAUGUAUGUUAAGAAUGCUAUAAAAAUGAAAGUUUCUGUUAUAGUUUCACAUAUUUCAUUCCAGCUGUAAUACAACAUAUUGCUGACCAAGAAGGGAUAUUUGAUGAUAACAAAUCUGCUGUGUACUCGCUGAUUUUGUCUGAAUCAUAAAUGGUUUCUGCUUGAAAGAAAGUAUUUCCUUAUAUUCCCAUUUCUUCUUUUGCCCAACUUUUAAUUCCAUGUUCUAUAGUCAGUAGUAUUGACAAAAUCCAUUAGAUCUCAGAGAAACAGUUCACAGAAGAAAGCAGUCACAGUUGAAGCUUGUCUGAGAUUAAAAUAGCCGUUAGCUUGAACACAUGAUUGAGAUGCCUCCUAUUCAGGAGACAGCAGUUGAAACUGUAGAGCUGUUGCUAAAAAUAUGACACUGAAUCUGAGUGAGUCCCUAGGUCACCCAGAAAGUCCCGCAUUACACAGGAAGCUGCAAGACCAACAGAAGCAAGGAAUAAUGAAGACUUUGCGGUUCAUCUGUGCCCAAGCACUGGUAUCAAAUGCCCAGGUUGCCCAGAGAAGUAUUGCUUCUGUGGCACAAAAUCUGUACCCUCUACUCUUCAAAGCAAGCUACAUGCUGGAGCAGUACACAGUGAUUCAUAACUUAGUAGAAAAGUGGCCAUUGUCAGAAUUCAGCAUCAAGAAGCUCCUGGGAAGAACACCGGACUGUGAGGACGAUCUCUGCAACAGUACCUGCCAACUCUGCUUGCAAGCAUGUUUGACGGGGCUGAAGAGUUAUGUUUUACAUAGUUCAGUGACAUAUUCAAAGCGGCUGAAAAAGUUUGAUCUAACAGGCCUUGCUGAUGUGGAAUUUCAGGCCUGCAGUUGUGGCAAAACUUUGGGGAGAUGGGGAAGAACUGAGCUGAUGGCAAGGACCUGUUUUGACUUGCUAGUGGAGAUAGAGGCUGCUUGUCUUGGUCCUUUGGUGUCAGAUAUUUCAAUUGAGGUAUUAAUAAGCAUGUUUGUGACAGAGCGGAACUAUGAAACAGUGGUCGAGGCCUUGUUAUUGAGGAAGCAGUGUCCACUGAAGGUCAUGUGCACUGAGCUCAGGGUGGACAGUUUGACUUUGAAAAAAUUCUUUUACAUCAUCAACCUAGUUAAGCCUGAGACUCUGCAAAAGUUGGAAUUAGUUCACAAUAUUCACAUGGAAAUGGAGCAUUUUGAAUUCCUCUUGAGCCAAGUUCCAUUCCCACAGCUCCGAUCACUGACACUCCCAACAAGAACCUUUGAUGUACGUAGAAUGACUCCUGAGAACGAAUCUCUGCUGGUGAGAAUUGGUGAGCUGCUCAGUGGAAUGAAAUUUCUUACAGAACUUAGCUUGGCCUUUUCAGUUCUGACCGGACGAAUACGCAAAAUACUCAGUCCUUUAAAAACUCCUCUGCGGUCCCUGGAUGUGUCCAGUUGUUGUCUGAAUCAUGUAGACAUGGCAUAUCUGGCCAACAGUCUUCAUGCUGAAUAUCUGGAAGUGCUGGACAUGAGUGGCCACAGCAUUGCUGACCUCUUCCCUUCAACCUUCUUCAAGCUGCUGACCCGGGCAUCUGGCACUCUGAGGAGCCUAACUCUGGAGGAGUGCAACAUCAGUGAUGAACACAUCCAUCUGUUGAUGCUGGCCUUAGACCCCUGCAAAAGGUUAACAGAAUUUAGGUUCCUGGGGAACCCGCUCACAUCAAGGUCCCUCUAUCGUAUCUUUGAAGUGCUUAUGGAGCUCCCUGUGCUUUGUAAAGUCGAGGUUCCCGUCCCUAGGGACUGCUAUCCUGCAUCCUAUACUUAUCCACUCUCAGAUGAAAACCUGGUGAAAUAUGACAGGGAGAAGUUUGAGGAGAUACACCACGAAUUGAUGGCGAUAUUGCUGCAGGCCAAUCGAAGUGAUAUUGUUGUGUCAACUCCGAUCUUUGGCAGUUUUGAUCCCAACGUUCGAGAAACCAGCAAUGAGAUCGGUGUUGUAAUGCUUCAAUCAUUCAAAGAUGCUCUCUCCAACAUUUUAACAUCUUUUAAUGAAAUGGAUUAGAAUAAAAAUGAAAGUAUAAAGCAUGAUUAUAUUUCAGUCAAGGGGAGAAGAGGAGUUUUAUUUUUCAUUAAUAUAAUGAGUUAAGAACUGAAAUGCAAUACCUGAAAGGUUGUUGGGCUUUCUUGCAAUAAUUACUCCCAGAAGGACAUGGACAUAUUUGAAAAGGAAAAAUAUGACUGGAAUACAGAAACAAAGGGUUAACAACAUUAAUAAUCUUCUCUCCAGCAUUGUCCAUCACUAGAACAAGUUAAAUUGCAAGCAGCUAGCCAGCCAUAGAACCAAGGAUAGAAGGUCACCAACAACCAUCCAGACAUUAUUCCUACUUGUUAUUUUUAUUGUCUUUUGAAGGGACAAUGGUAUUUGUCAAUGCGUAACUAGAUUGCGUUUGUUCCUUCUCUAUCCCUUUUGGCAAAAUACUGAAAGUCAGAAGAAAGGCUGAUUAGACAACUGAAGUGACUGAAGGUUCAGAUGAGGACAACCAACUUGGAUUAAGUCUUCCUAUCUGUACCAGCCAUUGCUAAUGUAAAAUGUUACACUGUAGAAAGACUAUGCAAGAAAUUAUAAAGAAGUGUUAUUCUCUGGUCACCCUGCGCAGUUUAUAGUUUUCUAAUACUAAUCCUUAUACUGUAUAGAUUAUGAUAAUCGCAUCCAUUUGAAUAUCACAUGAAGCUAAAGAUAGCAAGGAAUUGAAAAACUGUGAACAAAACACUAUUGAAUAUGUAUAAUUCAUCAGACUUUGUACUAAAUAUAUGAAAUAUUAAAAGCCUUACA